AUGAGAUGGGGUCAUAAAGCUAAUCCGGAUAGGUGGUUCAUAAACUUACAACCACAAUUCCAAGAAGUUGUAGACGCAAUGGAAGUGAAUGGUGAACCAGAUAUAGCUGGUAUUUUCAGCGCGGCUUUAAUGCCAUUGAAAGAUAUGAAACAUGCAGAUAUUUUGGACCAGUAUGAAAUGAACAUGGCUGAUGGAAAUAUAACACCUGACGUUCUAGAACAUUUAUCUCAAAGAACUACACAGAACCAUAGAGAUGGUAUAUUUGGUGAAGAGUUUAGAAAGAAAGUUAGGGAGAGAGAAGGAAGAGAACCUAUUGUACAUGACCUUGCAAACGAAAGUUUGCAAAAUGUCAUAAAAACUUACUUUGCAGACAAUGAAAUGAGAAGGGAUGAAUAUUUAAGAAAACUCAAAUGGACAGUACCAAAUGAAAUGUUAGUAUUGAAAAACAUGUUCCUUGACAAAAUAAAACCAACUACAGAAAUAAAUGACGCAAGACUGAAAGAUUGGGUAAAAGCUUUCCCAUUCACAAAAGAUAUUAUUGGUAACAUGGAAAGAAAACCAGAAUGGCUACAAAAACAUAUAUUUGGAAACGAGCUUAUUCCAUAUGGACAGGCUCUGUUUGAAGAGCUUGAACCGGAAACUCAGGAAAGAGUCAUGCAAACAAUACGCGAAGACUCAAAUACAAACUAUGACAAAAUCUUUCUAGGAUAUAGGUUACCUGAGAUGGGCGACCAGAGCCCAAAGGCAAAAAGGACAUGGGAAAUUAACAACAUACUAGGUGAACAUGAGGCAAAGAUGCUACAACUUGAAGCAGAGGGCAAGUUACCAAAAGCGACACCAAAGAAGAAGAGAAGAGUAGAACAAAGUGAAAGUAGUGAAGAA